UUACCAUUCAAAUACACAUGCAUUUACAUGUAGAGUAAAUGCUGUAAGUGUGCAGUGCAGAAGGGAAAUGACAGACAUAAAAAAAAAAUGGCAAGACCUUCAGUCAUUUGUUAAAAAAAAAGAAAGCCAGCGAAGGAAGAGUGUACGACAGACAGGGGGAGGGCCCAUGCAGAUUUCCUCAUUAAAGCCAUGGGAAGAAAAAAUCUUGCAGACAAUUCCUCAGACCUCAAUAUGUGGAAUUGAAGAUGGGGUUGAUACCAGUUCUACAUGCACAUCAUCGAACAUGUCCCAAGGGACAUCUACUCAGGUACAUGUAUCACAGGGAGGUCAAGACAGAUAUGUUGAGGCAGUCCCUUCAGUGAUUAUCACAGAGGACUCUCCAGUAUCAACAGGAACUGACUCAUCUUUAUUAAGUCAAGAGGAAUCCUGUUUGCUAACAGCACCAUCACCUAGACAUUCUAGAGGUAAACGAAGAGCUCAGUUAUGUGAAUAUUCGACAGAAACUCGGAGACUUGUUGAAAUUGAGGAAGAAAAACUAGCCAUAAAGAAGAAAAGACUAGAGAUAGAACAAGAAAAACUUCAGAUUUUACGAAAUGUGUAUUCUUUAUUGCAGGAAAAAUCAACUUCCAGUGUUCCCUCCUUUAGCCGUCUUUUAUCCGAGUUUUAAUAAUACACCCCCCCCCACCCCCCCACCCCCCACCCCCACCCCACACACACAUACAAAUGAAGUUUUGGGGUACAUAGGAAUCGUCUUGUCCGUCUGUCCAUGCAAUCUUGUCCAGGCUAUAGCUUUGUAAUGGAGAAUCAUUGGAGAUUCAUGCUUGGUACAAAGAUUGUUUAUGAUAUGACAGUUUGUGGUGAUUUUGACCCAGGUCAUUCCGGCAAGUUCAAGGUCACUGGCAGAAAAUGGGUAAAAUUCUUUUUUUAGGGUUAAACUUUGUAAUGGAGAUUCAUCGGAAACUCAUGCAUGAUACCAGGAUUGUUUAUAAUCUGAGGGUGUGUCAUGAACUUUACCCAAGGUCAUUCCUGUAAGUUCAAGGUCACUGGCAGAAAAAGUGUAAAUUUCUUGUCUGGGCUAUACAUGUAACUUUGUUGCUUGUUACAAAGUCCAAAAGCCGAAAGGUCAAGGACUCAAGGUCGACCUUUUUUGAUAUUUCUCCAUCUGCUUGUUUCUCCCCAGUUUUCUCACCCUCUUUCCUAUCUUAAGUGGGGGACACAAAUUCUUUGAUUUUACAUUUUUCAUUUUCAUGAAACUCGCAUGGUAUGUUUUGUGUAUUUAGU